AAGUCAGAAAUACUCGACCAUUACGGAGCGACGUCCUCCACACAUGCUCAGUCCAUGUGUGCGACGCACUGGUCUCAUCCCUGGAAGGAUCCAGAGUCUCAUGUGACAGCAGCAUCCCAGCGGGCGACUUCCAACCAAAACCUGCUCAGAUUCCCUCCCCAGCUGGCUCCGCCCCCCCGCUGCCGACUUGAUAAGAUCGUUGAAGCGGAGGCGACACACAGGACGUGCGAGUUUGAUACCCAUCAGCCCACAGGAGCCAACAUGCCAGUGCCCCGGAAAGCAGGAAGAAAGAGCAAUGCAGGAGUCGAAGAGAAGUUGCCCCCUUACGAGCCCAACAUCCCAGAACCUACGACCCGAUCUGACUUCAUGAGCCAUUGGUUCCCGCUCACCCUUGAUGACAAAACUGCACAGAAGCUUCUGUGGAUUUCGGAGGGAGGGUCGAAGGUGGCUCGAUCUGCCGACGCUGUCUGUCCAUACCCCAACAGGCCCGAGAGAUACGAGCACUCCCCGCAGGUCCUGUGUAAGGAGGGGCUGCUCGGGUGUCGUGGUUACUGGGAGGUGAACUUCGAGGGCUGGGUGGUGGUCGGGGUGGUGGCCGAGAGCGCACCCCGGAAGGGCAACGAGGGCCCGUCCGGCCUGGGCGAGAACGACCGCUCCUGGGGCGUGGGCUGGUCCGGCUCCUGCUACCAGGUGUGGCACAACAGCGAGAACACGGACAUCCUUCUCCCGCUCACCCCCGUCAUCGGCGUCUACGUGGACCAGCCGGCCGGCAUCAUCAAGUUCCUCCUGGUGGAGGAGGAUGGCGAGAUGCGGCUGCUGCACAAGUUCAAGGUCAACGUCCAGGACAAGCUCUUCCCCGGGGUCUGGGUCGGCGCCAACUCGAACUGUGUUCUUCGGAAAAAGGAACAGUGACUCACUCAGUAGGUGGCACUGCACAGUUAAGGUGUCAGCUGGGAGA